CCCCUAAUGUAGUGGAAGUGACCAGGCUCAUUUGUAAUAGCACCGUGUCCCACUAGUUUCAACUGCGGAGACCCUCAGACUUGCUUUGCUCCCACCCCCCUGCCCCAGGACAAAAAGGAGAAAAGUGUUAUUUCUGUGUAGUAAUUUGCCAGCACAGACACGCCAUUUCUUCUCUUCCCUUCCUCACAGUUCUGCAGGAGUAGACAAGCGUGAUGGUUCCCUGUAACCAGAAGAAACGAGUACUUUUUGAAAGUGCUAAUUAGUUGUUACGGGGGGAAGUUACGUUUUAUUAAAGCGACUUGUCAGCGUGGUGUUAAAAGACUGGAAAGAUUCAGUCCUGGUCUUUGAACAGUCUCUAGUAGAUGUUUGUGGAUUCUUCUGUGGGAUCAGAGGGCACGCCUAUUGUAAUCAGAAAACUCCAAGAAUAGUAGCAGGGAUGGAUGAACAGGCUCUUUUAGGGCUAAAUCCAAAUGCUGAUUCAGACUUCAGACAAAGGGCCCUGGCCUAUUUUGAGCAGUUAAAGAUUUCCCCAGAUGCCUGGCAAGUGUGUGCAGAAGCUCUAGCCCAGAGGACAUACAGUGAUGAUCACAUAAAGUUUUUCUGCUUUCAAGUACUAGAACAUCAAGUUAAAUACAAAUACUCAGAACUAACUACUGUUCAACAACAACUAAUUAGGGAGACGCUCAUAUCUUGGCUUCAAGCUCAGAUGCUGAAUCCCCAACCAGAGAAGACCUUUAUACGAAAUAAAGCAGCCCAAGUCUUCGCAUUGCUUUUUGUUACAGAAUAUCUCACUAGGUGGCCCAAGUUUUUUUUUGAUAUUCUCUCAGUAGUGGACCUAAAUCCAAGGGGAGUAGAUCUGUACCUCCGAAUCCUCAUGGCUAUUGAUUCAGAGUUGGUGGAUCGUGAUGUGGUGCAUACAUCAGAGGAGGCCCGUAGGAAUACUCUAAUAAAAGAUACCAUGAGGGAGCAGUGCAUUCCAAACUUGGUGGAAUCAUGGUACCAAAUUUUACAAAAUUACCAGUAUACUAAUUCAGAAGUGACAUGUCAGUGCCUUGAAGUAGUUGGGGCUUAUGUCUCUUGGAUAGACUUAUCCCUUAUAGCCAAUGAUAGGUUUAUAAAUAUGCUGCUAGGUCAUAUGUCAAUAGAAGUUCUGCGGGAGGAAGCAUGUGACUGUUUAUUUGAAAUUGUAAAUAAAGGAAUGGAUCCUGUUGAUAAAAUGAAACUAGUAGAGUCUUUGUGUCAAGUAUUACAGUCUGCUGGGUUUUUCAGCAUUGACCAGGAAGAAGAUGUUGACUUUCUAGCCAGAUUUUCUAAGCUGGUAAAUGGAAUGGGACAGUCAUUGAUAGUUAGUUGGACUAAAUUAAUUAAGAAUGGGGAUAUCAAGAAUGCUCAAGAGUCACUACAAGCUAUUGAAACAAAAGUGGCACUGAUGCUGCAGCUACUAAUUCAUGAGGAUGAUGACAUCUCUUCUAACAUUAUUGGAUUCUGUUAUGAUUAUCUUCAUAUUUUGAAACAGCUUCCAGUGCUCUCGGAUCAGCAAAAAGCUAACGUAGAGGCAAUCAUGUUGGCCGUUAUGAAAAAACUGACUUAUGAUGAAGAAUAUAACUUUGAAAAUGAGGGUGAAGAUGAAGCCAUGUUUGUAGAAUAUAGAAAACAACUGAAGUUAUUGUUGGACAGGCUUGCUCAAGUUUCACCAGAGUUACUGCUGGCUUCUGUGCGCAGAGUUUUUAGUUCUACACUGCAGAAUUGGCAGACUACACGUUUUAUGGAAGUUGAAGUAGCAAUAAGAUUGCUGUAUAUGUUGGCAGAAGCUCUUCCAGUAUCUCAUGGUGCUCACUUCUCAGGUGAUGUUUCAAAAGCUAGUGCUUUGCAGGAUAUGAUGCGAACUUUGGUAACAUCAGGAGUUAGUUCCUAUCAGCAUACAUCUGUGACAUUGGAGUUCUUCGAAACUGUUGUUAGAUAUGAAAAGUUUUUCACAGUUGAACCUCAACACAUUCCAUGUGUACUAAUGGCUUUCUUAGAUCAUAGGGGUCUGCGGCAUUCUAGUGCAAAAGUACGGAGCAGAACUGCUUACCUGUUUUCCAGAUUUGUCAAAUCUCUGAAUAAACAAAUGAAUCCUUUUAUUGAGGAUAUUCUGAAUAGAAUACAAGAUUUACUAGAGCUUUCUCCACCUGAGAAUGGUUACCAGUCUUUGUUGAGCAGUGAUGAUCAGCUGUUUAUUUAUGAGACAGCCGGAGUGCUGAUUGUUAAUAGUGAAUAUCCAGCUGAACGGAAACAAGCCUUAAUGAGAAAUCUUUUGACCCCACUAAUGGAGAAGUUUAAAAUUCUGUUAGAAAAAUUGAUGCUGGCACAAGAUGAAGAAAGACAGGCAUCACUAGCAGACUGUCUGAACCAUGCUGUUGGAUUUGCCAGCCGAACCAGCAAAGCUUUCAGCAACAAGCAGACUGUGAAACAGUGUGGCUGUUCCGAAGUUUAUCUGGAUUGUUUACAGACGUUCUUGCCAGCCCUCAGUUGUCCCUUGCAAAAGGAUAUUCUCAGAAGUGGAGUUCGUACUUUCCUUCAUCGCAUGAUUAUUUGCCUAGAGGAAGAAGUUCUUCCAUUCAUCCCAUCUGCCUCAGAACACAUGCUCAAAGAUUGUGAAGGAAAAGACCUCCAGGAGUUCAUUCCUCUUAUCAACCAGAUUACAGCCAAAUUUAAGAUACAGGUAUCUCCAUUUUUACAGCAAAUGUUCAUGCCUCUACUUCAUGCAAUUUUUGAGGUAUUGCUCCGACCAGCAGAAGAAAAUGACCAGUCUGCUGCUUUAGAGAAGCAAAUGUUACGAAGGAGUUACUUUGCUUUCCUGCAAACAGUCACAGGCAGUGGAAUGAGCGAAGUCAUAGCAAAUCAAGGUGCAGAGAAUGUAGAACGAGUGCUGGUUACUGUUAUCCAAGGAGCAGUUGAAUAUCCAGAUCCAAUUGCACAGAAGACAUGUUUUAUCAUCCUCUCCAAGUUGGUAGAACUCUGGGGAGGUAAAGAUGGACCAGUGGGAUUUGCUGAUUUUGUUUAUAAGCACAUUGUCCCUGCAUGUUUCCUAGCACCUUUAAAACAAACCUUUGACCUGGCAGAUGCACAAACAGUGUUGGCUUUAUCUGAGUGUGCGGUGACAUUGAAAACAAUUCAUCUCAAACGGGGCCCAGAAUGUGUUCAGUAUCUUCAACAGGAAUACCUGCCUUCCUUGCAAGUAGCUCCAGAAAUAAUUCAGGAGUUUUGUCAAGCGCUUCAGCAGCCUGAUGCUAAAGUUUUUAAAAAUUACUUAAAGGUAUUCUUCCAGAGAGCAAAGCCCUAAGGACUGGAUCUCCCUGUGCCUACUUUAUGAUCAGGAAUUCCAGUUAAUUUAUAAAGAAGCAGUUUUGUGUGCCAUUCACACUGGUUUUUUUUAACAUUGCUUUAAGCUUAUUGCAGUAUAUGUAUUGGGAUUUUUCUGUAAAAUGGGUGUAAUUUUCUCUGAAUACAGGUAUGUGACAACAAAAGAAGUUGCUUGCAUGCCAGUUCAAACUGUUCUAUAUAAAAAUGCUGUUAAAAGAUACAGCACGGUUAUCCUAGUACCUUUUUUUUUUUACUUGAAACGUUAAAUCCUUUAUAAAGACCAUAGCAGGAAAACAGUGUACUUUUUUUCAAUUGCUAAAUAUAAAAUGUUUGAAAAUUUUAAUUUUCUUUUACAUGUGCCGUCUCAAAAUAUGGAGGGAAUAUAAUAAAUCAAAACUAAUUUUUUGUAGAUAGCCAUUACAUUUCUUUAAACUGUUUUCGAUGCCAAUGUGUGUUCUACAAAAGAGAAUGGUUUCAUAAAUUAACUGAUUUAAGAGUAGGUACCAGUGUUAUACACUUUUUAUAAAAAAAUAAAAAUAAAUUUUACGUAGU